GUCGGUUCCCCCCCCCCAACCUCGCCCCAUGUGACACUUUGUCCGGCUACCGUCGCUCCUUACCCCCUUAUCGCCCGCUUCACCCGCCCAGCCUGACCGGACCCCGAGUGGCUCACCACCAUCGGUCACAUUUCGGGUGAGCUCCCUUAGCUGGUCGUCUGACUUCCCUUUUCCCCCGGUGGCCGGUUCGGUCGGGGGUGGGGUGCGCGUCGCUGCCCCCGCCAUGAUGAUCAAGGAGUCGUCCCUGCGAGGGGACCCGGACCUGCGUGGGGAGCUAGCCUUUCUGGCACGGGGGUGUGACUUUGUCCUCCCCUCGCGCUUCAAGAAGAGGAUCAAGUGCUUCCAGCAGCUGCAGCUGCAGCAGCAGCAGCAGCAACAGCAACAGCAGCAGGUCCAGUCCAAACCAGAGAAGAAGCCCGGCACCCCUCCCCCGGCCCCGGCCGCCAUCUCCCCGCCCCCCCGGUCCCCCAGCCCCCCCCCUGCCCCUCGCCCUCCUCCCCCCCCCGCGGUGGUGGUGGUGGUGGACCCGGCGCCGGUGCUGCUCCCCCCUCCUCCCCAGUCCGCGAUCCACAUUCCGAGGUUCUACUACCCCCGCGGGCUGCCCGUGUCGGGCCCGCCCCAGAACCACGACGCCGCCAUCGCCGCCGCCGAAGCGGCCUUCACCGAGUUCGAGGAGGAGAAGGCCGACAUCUACGAGAUGGCCAAGAUCGCCAAGGCGUGUGGGUAUCCCCUCUACUGGAAGGCGCCACUGUUCAACGCCGCGGGCGGGGAGAGGACUGGAUUUGUGUCUGUCCACUCGUUUAUUGCGACCUGGAGAAAGCUGUUGCACAGUUGCCAUGACGACUCAUCCAUGUUCAUCUGUCUGCUGGCGAAGCCCAGCUGUAGCUACCUGGAGCAAGAGGACUUCAUCCCACUCAUGCAGGAUAUCGUGGACACCCACCCCGGGCUGACGUUUCUCAAAGAUGCGCCUGAAUUCCAUUCCCGCUACAUCACCACGGUGAUCCAGAGGAUCUUCUACGUGGUGAACCGCUCGUGGUCAGGCCGCGUCACCAUGACGGAGCUGCGGCGCAGCAACUUCCUGCAGACACUGGCGCUGCUGGAGGAAGAGGACGACAUCAACCAGAUCACCGACUACUUCUCCUACGAGCACUUCUACGUCAUCUACUGCAAGUUCUGGGAGCUGGACACUGACCACGACCUCUACAUAGACCCCAAGGACCUGGCCCGGUACAACGACCACGCUUCUUCCAACAGGAUAAUUGAACGAAUGUUCUCAGGAGCAGUCACCAGGGGCAACUCGGUACAGAGGGAGAACAGGAUGAGCUACGCCGAGUUCGUCUGGUUUCUCAUCUCUGAGGAGGACAAGAAAAACCCCACCAGCAUAGAGUACUGGUUCCGCUGCAUGGACAUGGAUGGAGACGGGGUCCUGUCCAUGUUUGAGCUGGAGUACUUCUACGAGGAGCAGUGUGAGCGCAUGGAGGGCAUGGGCAUCGAACCCCUGCCCUUCCAGGACCUGCUCUGUCAGAUGCUCGACCUGGUCAAGCCAAAGAGCCAGGGUAAGAUCACCCUGAGUGACCUGAAGCGAUGCCGGAUGGCUCAUAUCUUCCUGGACACCUUCUUCAACCUGGAGAAGUACCUGGACCACGAGCAGAGAGACCCCUUUGCUCUGCAGAAGGACAUUGACACUGAGGGUCCAGAGCCAUCUGACUGGGAUAAGUAUGCGUCUGAGGAGUACGAGAUCCUAGUGGCCGAGGAGACCGCCAACGAGCAGCUACACGAUGCGUCCUUCGAUGACGACUACGAGUCGGACGAGCUCCAAGUGCCCGGGGACAUUGGAAAUAAGAUGGAGAAACUGGUGAUUUCAGACCUCACCGCGUGAAGAAACAUCCAGUCUGGGGACUCCCCGAAAGACCCCCCUCAGCCCUGUCAACUCUUCCACUGCCCAAGCAGGAGGCACAGAGUGGGACCCCCCCUCGCCCCCUGAAGACGAUGUUGAGAAAUGUCCCCUGAAUUGAUCCACUGUUGAUGAUGAUGAUGUGUGUGAGAUGUGUGACCUUUAAGCCAAGACACUCUUCUGGUGCAAUAAUACAUCUGUUUUCAAACAGAGAUAAGAAAACGAGGGGCGUGAGUGAAAGGGGAGGGGGGGGGCUUGUGAAUUCACUAAUCUCUGGGAAACAAACAACAAAAACAUUUUCUGUUGUGUCUUACCCUACCGACAAUCUCAUGAGGAGACAAUCGUAUAUAUAUCCUAUUUUUGUGCUACAUUAAGUAUUAACGUUCUCCUCACACGACUGCCAGCAUAACUUUUUUUGGUCGGCACAGACCUGCAUGGACACGGUUGAUGGACAAACUUUUCCCUUUGAAGAAAAUGUAUCAAUCGUCCAGCCACAGCCAAGACAUACACCCUUUGGUGGAGAAAAAAUCAACAUAUUUCCACCACCAUUUCACACUCCCUCUGUCCCCCCCUGGUGGCCGGCCGCCGCAACUGCAGGCCGAACAGGUGACACGCGACCCGUCCCACUGACUACACUACGACGACAGGCGAAGGGAGCAGAGUUCACGGAGCAGGCCGUUUCUAUUUUUAGAACGCCAGGCAAUCUGCUGAUUGUUUUGCGACACUCCUGGAAUCCCUUUGUCGAGGCUUGAAACCUGCCCGGGGAGCGUGCAGUACGCACAUGGGAGCCGGAAUGUUCCGCCCAUGUCCUCAAUCACCCCCCCCCCCCCACCCCCA